UUACACGUCCCACCUCCCAUAACAGAGGCAACUCAAGGGUUCCUUUCUUCAACCUUGUACUCUACCUUCACCCACUCAAUUCUCCUUCCAUUCUUAAUACCAUAAUCCCUCUUUCUCUUUCUCUUUCAUUUUCUCUCUCCUCUUUUCUUGUUCAUACAUUAAAACUCUCCAUCAAAUUAUGACUACCGAAUUUUUCUCUCUCACUAACCCUAACCCUAAUUUGGUAGGUCUUCCAUUAAAGAACAAGCUUUCUUCUUCUUCUUUUUCUCCAAUGGCGUCAUUUUCCUUGUCUCCGACAACAUCUCCGUUUUCUGUGCGUCUAGAAUUAUAUCACCGGCGUCGGAAAACGUUGAUUGUUGCUGCUGCAGCGUCGUUUUCGCCCAAGGGUUUUGCUGGACUCAGCUUACCGAGUUGUAAUAAGCAGAAGAAGAAUGUUUCGUUUGUUUCUUUUGCUGCUUCUCAAGAAGAUUCUUCUUCUGAAGCAGAACUUGAUAUGGAAAAGAAUGAUCCAAAGAAUGCUGGUGAAGCAUCUCAGGAAGCUUGGGAGAAAACACUGGCAUCUUUCAAAGAGCAAGCCUUAAAGCUGCAAAGUGUGUCACAAGAAGCAUAUGAAGUAUAUAUGAAGAAGGCAGUUAUUACACUGAAGGACACCGCUGACCAAUUGAAAAUCCAGGCUGAUCAGGCGAGGCAAGACUUGAGUGUUGUGGCAAAAGAGUUGAGUGAAGAGGGUAGACAAUAUCUUGCUACCGCAGCAGAGAACUCUCCUGAACCUGUGAAGGAUGUAGUAGAGACAUUUGCUUCUGCUCGUGAUCUAGAUGAUGUAUCUAAAGUCCGUGAUUUCUAUAUCGGAAUACCAUAUGGGACAAUUCUUUCUGCUGGUGGCUUCCUUAACUUUAUGCUAACUGGAAGCCUUUCUGGCAUUAGGUUUGGUGUGAUCCUUGGGGGUAUUCUUUUGGCAUUGAGCAUAUCAAGUCUAAGAUCAUGGAGAAAAGGAGAGUCCAGUGAUACGACCUUGAAAGGACAAGCAGCUAUAACUAGUAUAUUAUUUCUAAGGGACGCACGCCUGUUGUUUGAGGGACUUACAUUUCUAGGACUAUUUAAAACAAUCAUCAGUGGGGCAGUUGCAGCUUUCUAUAUUUAUAGGAUUACCUAUGACAAGCUGCAGAGGCAACCGAAUGCGGAAGGGGAAGCAACCAGCUGAAGCAUGCAUGAAUGACAUUUACCUAGUGCUGUAUUCAAUUGUCAAAUGAGCUCCGGAUGGAGUGGCAUAUUAAGGCAGAUACCAGAUGGGGAUGCUCCUGUAUCAGCCAUUUCGUGCAAGAUCUUAGAAGUUUCGACUGGAGAAGCGAGUCCAUAGCUUAGCAAUUUGUUGUAUUUGACCUUAUUUGUAUCUUCAUUUAGGUUUGUGUCAAAUGUUACUAGGUGCAGGUCUCUUAGCUAAUAAGCAGGCUGUUGCUGCUCAUUGUUGGCGCAUGAAGUUGCUUGCAAAUGCUGUUGCCUAUCUAUAGAACUAUGCACAGCAUCAGAAAUUUAGCAGCAUUCAAAAAUAUGUUUCUAGUGGACCAAAAGUUCAUAGUGAAUUGUGAUUUGUGAAUGAUUUGGAGAGAUCCCUGGCCAAGAGUUUCAUUCACACAUUAAUCGAUCUAUGAAGGCAGAUAAUUUAUUAAUGGAAAAAUCUUUGUUUAGUGAGGAUCUUCACUUGGCCUUCA